CCACAUUUCUUCUCCGUAACCCCUGACUGUUGGAUGUACAUGUAAACUUUUCUAAUUCAUUUUUAAGAAAAUUUUGUUAAAAUGAUUCUUUCUCAAAAAAAACUUUCGCAAAAUAAGGUCAAACGAAAGCUAGAAAAAAAUGUAACUGAUGAAGAUGGAAAAAUCAUGGAUAAAGUAUUGAAAAUGAAGAAACCGAAAAUUAGUGGAGAGCAUGUUGAACACGUGUCAGAGACGAAACAACAAGAGAAGAGUGUUUCAGUAAAACGGAAGAAUGACAAACGGAAAACACAAGGAACCAUAAUAAAAGUUGUAAAUAAGUCUGCAAAGAAAAGGAAAACUCUUAUGUUGAAAGUGAAUGAGAAAAUGUCUAGAACGCCGGAUGAAGAGAACGACAAAGCGGAAGAUUAUUUGAAAGAAAUAUCAAAAAGUCACAUACAACAGUGUAUUUCAGCGAUGUUUCAUUUAACUGAAGAACAAUUGAAUAAAAGUAAUCUUCUUACUAAAGAGGCUCAGCCAAUAUUCCUUCAAGUGACUUGUAUCAGAAUACCGCAAGUGCCUUACCGACAAAUGAGAAUAUUAUUACCAUAUUCUAUAGUGACAUCUGAUGAUGAAGUUGCCUUGUUUGUUUGUGACUUAGAGAAAGGGAGGAAGAAAGAUUAUGAGCAGACUGUGGAAUAUUAUACAAACAUACUGACAAAGCACGGCUGUACUCGUAUAAAUGAAAUAAUACCCAUAAAUCGUGUCAAAACAGAAUUUGAUCAGUUUGAACUAAAGCGAAGGCUCACCGCUAGUUAUGAUUAUUUUCUUGUAGACAGUCGCAUUGCAGGUCAUAUGUCUCAUUUAUUGGGCAAGGAAUUCUCCGCGAAACGAAAAUUACCGACCUCUGUCAGAAUGAAUAGCAAAGACCUGAAGCAUGAAAUUGACUAUGCUUUAAGAAAAACCAGCAUGCAACUUCAUUCUUAUGGUGACACUCAUGUGGUACAGGUAGGACACACUUUGAUGAAGGAAAAUCAAAUUUUGGAAAAUAUAUUGGCUAUCUGCAAAAACUUGUGUAAGAAUUAUCCUGGUGGUUGGGCGAACAUACGUUCUCUUCGUUUGAAAGGCAUGGCCACUUUAGGAUUACCGCUCUACAUGACGCUGAAGGAUAAGAAUACAGUGGACCCACCAGUUGUAAAUCCAAAGAGACCAAACGCUUAUCGUGACGUAAAGGGAGAGCUCUCGACGUUCGUGAGGGAUACUGAUGUCACAGUUAAACCCGAUGGUGAUGUUAUUGUCGAGCGAAUCACGCACGAGAUGAAGAAGAAACCUCGAGCAAAUUGAUUUUUAUAUAAAUAUUCUAUAGUUUCAUUUUGAAUUUUCAUUAAGCACGUGCGUCAUGUUGUGUAUCUUCGUUAAAUCUUGUAUGUACCGUAAAAAAAAUGUAACAAAAUUGUAAUCUUGCUGA